CAAAGUUUAGCUUGUUAGUAAUUCUAUUUUAGUGAUUUUAGUGGGAGCUUCUGAAGAACUCCUUGUCUUCUUACUCUGCUAAUAUCUAGGAGGAGAUGGGGAAUGCAAUGAAAACAGAAUGAUUGGAGCUGGAAUUCAGUAUAUUUCAGUGUUCAUCAAAGCUGGUAAGUCCUUGUCCUCCAAAUUCUCUCUUUUCUUUACACUAAUUACAUUUUCUUCAGGUUGCUUUGUUUUAACUUAUUUUGUUUCAUUCUUGUUCCUGACAUAUUUCAUCAUACUUCUUGUACCACUACCAGGAAAACAUUUACAAGAAUGCAUGUAGCAGUUCAUUUGUUUCAUUUUGAUUCAUGUCUUGAAGCAGAUGCGAACAAGAUUAUAAGCUUCACUUUCUAAAAUGCAAGGAGCAGUUAGAGAUAGAGAAUGUGAACGAGCAAAAAAGACGUACAUCAAAAGAAAAGUGCCUCUGUUCUUUGCCUUGGAAAGCUGUGGCAGAAAUCCGAUAAGGCUCAUAAAGUGUCUUCAAGUGGACGCUGUAUUAUGUUUCAGUGUCUGAACCUGUAGCUGUUUCAUUCUCAUUUGUUCUCCAUUUUCUUGUUGUAUUACUUGCUUUAUCUUUCCUCUUGCUGUUAUUGUGAUUGUUUGAAGAUGAUUUUGUAACACUCUCUUGAUAUAGUAGAGCUAUUUUUCAUGGACUAGAAGUCCUGUAGUUUUUACUCUUCUAUUUGAAGAGGUUUUCCAUGUAAAAAUUGUCUCUGAUGUGUGUUUGUUUGCCUUACCCAUUCUUAUUUGUUUACAUAUUUAGUUGCUGUCAUAUUUGUUGACCUGAAAAAGGAACUGAUUUCAUAAACUUUUCAAGUGUCA